AUGGCUCCUCAGGUCUUCAUUACUGGUACCACCGGCUACAUUGGCGGUGAUGGCCUCUACGCCAUCAGCAACGCUCACCCCGACUGGGAGCUUUCGGCCUUGGUCCGAAGCAAGGAGAAGGCCGCUGUGCUGUCCAGCAAGUACCCCAAGAUCCGUGUUGUUCACGGGGAUCUGGACUCCUCUGAUAUCAUCGAGGAAGAGGUUAAGAAGGCUGACAUUCUUUUCCACUUCGCCGAUUGCGACCAUGUCGCUGCUGCUGAGGCAAUUGCCAAAGGCGCCAAGCACCACACCCCCGAACAUCCACUCUGGAUAAUCCACACGUCCGGAACAGGUAUCCUAACAGUAGAAGACCAGCGUGCAAAGACAUAUGGUAUCGAGCGUCCCAAGGAAUACAAUGACUGGGAAGGUGUCAGCGAGCUCGUCAAUCUCCCCGAAGACGCAUUUCACCGCAACGUGGACACAAUCAUCAUCAACAUCGGCAAGGAAAACCCCAGCGUCCACACCGCAGUCGUCUGCCCACCAACAAUCUAUGGCCAAGGCCGCGGUCCCGUAAACACAAAGAGUCUCCAAGCUUACAUGCUAAGCGCAGCUGUUCUCAAGCGCGGAAAGGGAUUCUUGGUGGGCAAGGGUGAGAACGUUUGGCACCAGGUCCAUAUUCAGGAUUUGAGCAAUGUCUACCUCGCUCUGGGCGAUGCGGCUUCAGAGGGUGGCGGUAAGGCUACCUGGAAUGAAGAGGGAUAUUACUUCGCUGAGAAUGGGUCGUUUGUCUGGGGUGAUAUCCAGCGGGCGGUGGCGAAGGCUGCUUUUGAUCUGAAGUAUAUUCAAUCUCCUGAGGUUGACUCUGUGGAUGGUGAACAGACUACGGAGAUCUUGCAGUGGGGUGUUUAUGCUUGGGGUUCGAAUUCUCGUGGUCAUGCUAUUCGGGCGAGAAAGCUGUUUGGGUGGGAGCCCAAGCAGCCGAAGCUGAUUGACUUGAUUCCGGAGAUUGUUACAGUUGAAGCCAAAGAACUUGGACUGUGA